GUCGCCAUGCUUUUGCCAGCCACCAUGCAUGUGCUGAUCGUUCAUUCUCGGUUACAUACAAAAACAUCCGAACCAGUCGAACCUUCAGUCUCGUGGGAUUUCACAUGUCAAGUGUCACACAGGCUGACACAGCAGCCGGGCCGUCCAUCUGCAAUGCAUUGAUUCGAAGAGCAGUGGUUCAAGCUUACUCAACAGCAGCCACUUGUGUCAAUGGGAUAUCCUGCUAGCCACACCGAGGAGACAUUGAAAGUGGAGAACUGCUGCAUCCAACGCUCACGAUGUUACUGGAGAGGAGUACGAUGCGCAUCGUCAUAAUCGCCCAUGCAGCGAUUGGCGCGAGAUUGAAAGCAGCUGCAGUGCUGCAGAUCGAUGAUGCGGGUCAUGGUGAAUCGUCGAAGUCGGCGAUGUUGAGGGAAGCAACUCGUGGCCACUUCCUAACUGGGCUACAGCACGAGGAAGACGGUGUCCGCACGCUACACACGAGCUUCACAAUGCACUUGGUGUGUCGUAGGUGUUUAAACUGCCCAUUCGCUUUAUUGGACUUGCGACGCGUUCAGAAAUUGCCAACCCUAAAGCUGUCGGACGUGCCGUCCGCAAAGACCAGCGCCCUCGACCGCCACCUGCUAUGCCAUGGAUCUCUUGACCCACCAAGUUGGCUCUACGGUGAUUACGUCCUGGCCAAUUCCAAUGGACGGUCUAUUCUCCUCAAGUGCGUUCACUCAACAAUGACAAUGUAA